AGUGGCCAUUUUGCUUAAGCUUGGGGCUCAAGCUCCUGCUGCACCUGUAGCCCAGUUUCGUCGCCGUCACCACCGAGGCAUCAGGCUACUUCCAAGAUGGCGCUGGCAACGAGCGGGCGUCUCAGGCUGCUGUGCCGCAAGACGGAGCUCUGCCGCUUCUUCCAAAAGGGCGCAUGCAAGCGCGGAUCGGCGUGCGACUUCGCCCACGAGGAGCAGGACGUGCGGGAGAAGCCAGACCUCAAGCGCACGAAAGUGUGCCCCACGGUGGCCGAGGGCCUGUGCUGCGAGGACCCGCGCUGCCCCUUUGCCCACGACGCCGGCGAGGUCCGCAAGUUCAAGCCGCACCUGCCCGCCGUGGACCAAGACGUCGCCGCGAGCACGAAGAAGAGAUCAGGCAGAGUCUUCCAGGCUUCAGUCGGGCCUGUCCCUCGACAGGAGGAAUAUUCCCAAAUAGUGCAGAACUAGUCUGGGG